AUGGAUGAGUUAGUAGAUCAUGAUACUUUGACUCCAAAUAAGAAUAACAAUAGUCUCGAAACACCACAUGAAGGGAUGCAAUUUAAUAGUUACGAAGAAGCCAGAGAAUAUUAUACUGAAUAUGGACGGCACAAUGGUUUUACCGUGCAAGUUAGAUCAACAAAUAGAACUCGUAGAGGUGUGGAAGAAGUGACAGCAGCUUACAUGGUAUGCUCGAGGGAGGGAAACAAAGUAAAAGUUAGCAAUAUAGAAGGGGUGGACAAAAAAAGUAGAAGUUGCAACACUAUACAGUGUGGCUGCACAUCAAAGAUGCAAAUCCUUCUUAACGAAGAAAAUAAUAUGUGGGUGGUGAUGGCAUUUUCAGAUGAACACAAUCACAAGUUUGUGUCACCACGAAAAAGAAUGCGGAUGCGAUCCAAUAAAUGCAUGCCAGGAGGAGUAAAGGAUCUUGCAGAAAAGUUCAAUAUACAAAACCUUGAAGUCGGAAAAAUUCCUGCAAUCCUUGAGGGUCAAAAUAUUGGGUUUAACAAAAGAGAUUGUUGGAAUCAUUUACGGAAUGUUAGGCAUAAAAAUUUGGAACUUGGAGACGCCCAGUCUGUAAUUGAUUAUUUACACAAGAAACAAGGUGAGAAUCCUCAAUUCUUUUAUAGAGUCCAAGUUGAUGAACAUGGUAGAGCUGUUAACUUCUUUUGGGUAGAUGCGAGAUCACGUUUGUCAUAUGAACAAUUCGGGGAGGAUGAGACUGAACCUACAUUUUUAUGGUUGUUUAGUAUCUGGCUUGAGGCUAUGGGAGAACAACAUCCUUUAACCAUCAUAACUGAUCAAGAUUCUGCAAUGGCUGGAGCUAUAAAAAAGGUCGCAGUGAAGGCGUAA